CCUUCUCGAAGAUGAAAAAAUUGAGAUUGCUCAAAGUGCUUUGCCUAUCAAAUUGUGAUGAUCUUAAAUAUCUUUCUAAUGAACUACGACUUUUAGAUUGGACAGGAUAUCCUUUAAAAUAUUUACCUUCAAGCUUCCAACCGAACAACCUUAUCGCACUUCUUUUACCAUAUAGUCACAUUGAACAAUUAUGGAAGGAAAAUAGAGUAAGAAUUAACUCAUCUUAUCCUUAUGUUUUAGCUUAUUUUAACAUAAAUGAUAAAACUUUGAUUAAGGUAAAAAAAAUAAAAAUGAGCAUUAUUAUGUUUUCUCAUUUGUAUCUAAUUUGUUAGUGUUUUCAACAGCCCUUGUAUAAGUUGAAAAUGAUGAACCUCAAAGGGUCCCAAAACCUGAUCAAGACACCAGACUUCACAACAGCAUCAAAUCUUGAAGUUUUGAUUUUGGAAGGUUGUACCAAAUUAGUGGAUGUUCAUCCAUCAAUCGGAGUGCUUAAGAGUCUUAAACUUUUGAAUUUAAGAGAUUGCAAAAGUCUUAGGACUCUUCCGACCAAAAUUGGAAUGGAAUCUCUUGAAACAUUAAUUCUUUCAGGUUGCUCAAGUCUUGCAAGGUUUCCGGAGAUUGAUAGGAAAAUGGAACGUCUAAAAAUUCUAGAUCUUUCCAGUUGUUAUAGAGUGGAAAAUUUAUGGGAGAAUUUGCAGCAAGCAAAGUUUUUGGAAAAGCUCGACUUGAGUGAAACAGCUAUAACAGAACCACCAUCCUUCAUUUUUCAAUUUAAAAAUCUUGAAGUUCUGUCUUUCAAUGGGCGCAAGGGACGAUCAUAUAAGUUCCUACCAAAUUUACCUUCUCUUUUCAGGGUAAUCCAAGGAAGAAGGACGAAUCCCAUGGCUCGGAUGUUGCCUUUGUUGUCAGGUUUGAGUUCAUUAAGAGUGCUAAAAGUAAGGGACUGCAGUCUUUGUGAAGGAGAUAUUCCACGUGAUAUUUCUGGUUUAUCCUCUUUGAUACAUCUUGAUCUUAGUGGUAACAAUUUCAUCAGCAUACCUGCAUCUCUUACUCGACUCUCGAAGCUUGGGUAUCUUGAAUUGUCAAAUUGCAACAUUUGCACUCUUGGUGAAGCAGAUAUUCAUGGUCUAUCCUCUUUGGAAUUCCUUGAUCUUAAGCGUAACAAUUUCAUCAGCCUACCUGCAUCUCUUACUCGACUCUCAAAGCUUGAGUUUCUUGGAUUGUCAAAUUGCAUGAAACUUAAAUAUUUGCCUGAGCUUCUAGCAAGUAUAGAAAGGGUGCAGAUAGAUGGUUGUGCUUCACUUGAAGUAGUUGCAAGUCCAUCAAAAGCAUGCAAUUUAGUGGAUUUGGGUUUCAUUAGAGCCAUUAACUGCUUCAAAUUGGCUGAGAAUAUCAAUGCAUUAACACUGCUGAAAAAACAUCUUAAGGCAUUUGCAAAUUCAAGAAAAAAGUUUGAUAUUAUUAUGCCCGGAAGUGAAAUCUCAGAAUGGUUUAGCCAACAAAAAAAUGACUGUUCAAUUAAGAUGCCCCUACCUAUCAACCUUCGGAAAGAUAGUCAAUGGAUUGGAGUUGCUUGUUGCUGUAUUUUUGUCAAUAAUGAUGCUUCAAGGGAUAACGAGGUUAUCGUUUGUGGAGCAUGUAUCUAUUGUAGAAAUUCUGAACAAGCCAGCUGUAAUGGAUCUAUCUUUUGAGGUAGAAAUUCUCGACAGAUUAAUAGUAGUGGCUUGGGGUUGGGUAGAGGAAUAAUGAAAGAUCACCUUUUUCUUCGUUAUUGGUCGCGUGAUAAAUUAUAUCCAUUUUCCUUGGAAGAUAAAUGUGGUGACUGUGAAACCAAUAAUUUAUGGGCAACAGAUGGCUUAGAUAAAAAAUGCGAUGAGCUUGAGGUGUCUUUCAGGACGCCACAUUUCCCUUGUGUUAAGGUGAAGAAGUGUGGUGUUAGAAUAGUGUACGAGAAAGAUUUGGAAGAAAUAAAAGAGUUGCAAUGCCAUAGCACUCAAAGUUUUCCAAAUUUUGAACAAAUCCACCAGCACUCUGCUCAAAACGAUGAAUCAGUAGGUAACACUUCUCACAUAAAACGAAAAUGUAAUAUCUACGAGGAAGCUGAGGAAGAAGGGCCACAACCAAAACGGAUGCAAAAACUUUUCAGUUUUAUAACGGGCCAAUCUCAUCAGAAGCAUUAAUUGUGAUAUGGAGGCUAUCUUUUUUAGAGCUAGUUGGACCAGCUGGUUGUAAUAUGCUUGAGUUUUCUUUCACAACCCCAAUUGGUCACAGUCUUAAGGUGAAAAAGUGUGGUGCUGGAAUAGUGUAUAAGAAUGAUUUGGAAGAAAUUGUUAAGCUUUAGCAUGCAAUGCAACAUGCAAACUAGCAUUUGAGCUGAACCAAAUGAAGCAAAAUCAUUUUGUUUAUUUGUAACUUGACUUGGUUGCUUUGUAAUCUAAAUUUUAAGUUAGUAGGAUUUGGUCAAGAUUUGAAUGUGAUAGCUAGUAUGUCAGCUACAUUUUGUUUGUAAUUUUAGCUAAGCUUUUGACAAGCAUUUUCGGACCAAUUAUGUUAGGUAACUGUCAAUUUUAUUGUAACACAUAUAUACUUUAGCCAGAUGAAAUGGAAAGAAAGAAAAAUUCAUUUUCUUCCAAAAA